AUGCAGUUCCACGAUUAUAUGGAGUACAUAGAUAUAGGAUGCCUGAUGGCUUGCAUACCGCGAUAUCAAUGGAGCAAGCGGCCUUUGGGCAGGGAUCCGCGCAGGCAGGGCAGAAAGGCUCUCCUAGUACUGGGUAUCAUUUGUGCGAUCUCUCAAAUUAUUGGUGUAUUUAUGUAUUGGUACAUUUACGAGCGCAUACAAGAAGACACUGCUGCAUUUGUGGCCGGAAUGGCGGAAAUGUGCGGAUCUCUGAUGCUAACUAUGGUGGGAUUCUCCAAUAUUUAUGCUUUGAUAAAGAAUCAUUCCCAGAUCGAGGCGGUGCUCGAAGAGCUCCAGAAGCUAUAUCCCGGUCCCAGAGAAAGGCACUAUCGCUGCCAGCACUACUAUGAAAUAGCUAUUUUCAUAAUGAAAUGCGAGUUCAGAUUCUAUGUGAUAUUCUACAUUUACUAUAAUAGUGCGCCCCUGUUCAUGCUCCUCUGGGAAAAUUUUAAGGAGGGUCAGGAGCUGACCUACAGAACGCAGACCAACACCUGGUUUCCCUGGAGGGUCCACGGUUCAGCCUUGGGAUUCGAAUUAGCUUACCUCAGCAUAGUCAUGGCCUCGUUCAUUGGCGUGGGCUUCAGCUUAGUUACCCAGAAUUUGGUGUGCAUAUUCACCUUCCAGCUGAAACUGCACUACGAUGCCAUGGCCAGUCAGUUGCAGAACCUUGAUGCCCGACAUCCCCAAUCCAAGGAGCAGCUGAAGAUUGGAUUCAGUUGGAUUCUCCAGAUCGCAGACCAAUUCAAUAUCAUCCUAAACUUUAAUUUCAUGAGCAGCCUCAUUGGCUCCACUAUUGCGUUUUGCAUGACGAGUGUCGCUGUGCUCCUGCUGGAUUCGGCAUCCGCCUUCAAGGCUUUUAGUGGCCUGGUGGCCUUUGUGUUCUAUCAGUUUAUCAUCUGUUACUUGGGGACAGAAGUCAAUUUGGCGGUGAGUAGGAGGUGGUUUUAA